AUGGCAGCUCUCGGUGAGGACUUGCUGGGGAUAGUCAACAAGCUGCAGGAUCUAGUCUUCAAUACUAUCGGCAAUGACAGUCUAGAUCUCCCUCAGAUCGUCGUUGUAGGUUCCCAAUCCUCGGGCAAGUCUUCAGUCCUCGAAAACAUCGUCGGUCGAGAUUUCCUUCCCCGUGGUAGCGGGAUCGUCACUCGAAGACCCCUCAUUCUCCAGCUCAUCAAUGUCCCAAGCGAUGAAGAUGGCCCAGAAGCACAUACAGCAGAUGCUGUUGCAACACAACCAGAAUGGGCGGAGUUCCACCACAUACCUAAUCGAAGAUUCACAGAAUUUCAAGAUGUCAAGCGGGAAAUAGAGAACGAGACAGCCCGGAUUGCUGGUAAUAACAAGGGUAUCAAUCGGUCACCUAUAAAUCUCAAAAUAUACUCUCCACAUGUCCUGAGCUUGACAUUGGUGGAUCUGCCUGGGUUGACAAAAGUUCCAAUUGGAGAUCAACCAACCGAUAUCGAAAAGCAGACUCGAAACCUCAUCUCGGAAUAUAUUGCCAAGCCAAACAGUAUCAUACUGGCUGUCUCACCUGCGAACGUCGAUAUUGUAAACUCUGAGGCCUUGAAACUCGCCCGCCAUGUGGAUCCCCUGGGCAGGAGGACGAUUGGAGUCCUGACGAAAAUUGAUCUUAUGGACCAUGGAACGAACGCUCUUGAUAUUCUCUCAGGGCGGGUAUACCCCUUGAAGCUGGGGUUUAUAGGAGUUGUCAACCGCUCACAGCAAGACAUCCAGGGAAAUAAGUCUCUUGCAGAAGCAUUGAAGUCGGAGGCGGACUUCUUCAAACACCACCCAGCGUACAGGAAUAUGGCCAACAGAUGCGGGACUCAAUUUUUGGCCAAGAGCUUGAAUCAGACGUUAAUGGCCCACAUCAGAGAGAGGCUGCCAGAUAUCAAAGCCCGGUUGAACACAUUGAUGGGACAAACGCAACAAGAACUCGCCAGCUACGGAGACAUGCAUUUCAGUGGGAAGGAACACAGAGGGUCUCUAGUUUUACAACUAAUGACUCGAUUUGCCUCUUCCUUUAUAUCAUCAAUAGAUGGUACAUCAACAGAGAUAUCCACAAAGGAACUCUGUGGAGGUGCCAGGAUCUACUACAUCUUUAACUCGGUGUUCGGAAACUCCCUAGAAACAAUAGACCCCACCACAAAUCUAUCCGCUCUCGAUAUUAGAACAGCAAUUCGAAAUUCCACUGGACCGCGACCCAGUCUUUUCGUCCCGGAGCUUGCCUUUGAUCUUCUGGUCAAACCCCAAAUCAAGCUUCUGGAGGUCCCCAGUCAAAGGUGUGUGGAGCUCGUCUAUGAGGAAUUGAUCAAGAUAUGUCAUACAUGUGGAUCCACAGAAUUGUCAAGAUUCCCUCGGCUACAAGCCAAGCUUAUCGAGGUUGUCUCAGACCUCCUCCGUGAACGUCUCGGACCUGCCUCCAAUUACGUGGAGUCUCUGAUCUCUAUACAGCGAGCAUACAUCAAUACCAACCACCCUAAUUUCCUUGGUGCAGCAGCUGCUAUGAGCAACGUCGUCUCGAACAAGCAGGACAAAGAGAGGAAAAGGCUUUUGCAAGAGGAACGUGAGAGGCGAGAACGGAAAAAGCAUAAGGAGCUUGGCACCAAUGGUGUUGAUACUCCAGAGGAUGAGGAAGAAGGCGCGGAGAGACAGAUUGAAAAUCUUCCUCAGCGAAAACAACUUCACAAGGGCGCUCGGAGUAUGUCACCAGCAAUACGCGAGAAUGGCGUUUCAGGGCUUGCUGCAACUAUGAAUGGAGUCAGAUCUGGCUCGCCACCAAGGUUCAAUGGCCAGGCAGCUGGUGGGGCUCGAGAUUCAUUCUUGAACUACUUCUUUGGCAAGGAUGGAGGCUUGCCUGCUGGUGGAGCUGGUGGAUCUGGCACAGGACAGAGCAACCAAAGUUCUAACUUAGGCCGGCAUGUCAGUCAAAGCACAGAGCCUAGUUUCAGUCAAAGCAUCAGAAGGCAGGAGGAGCGCGUACAUAGAACUCCUGCUCAGCAGUCACGAGAAGAUGACUAUGAGCUUGGAAGAGCUCAGAGGGAUUAUGAUUACAAUUCUCCAUUCGGCAACAAUAACGAGCCAGCCCUCACAGAUCGCGAGGCAAUGGAGACAGAAUUGAUUCGCGCACUGAUCUCAUCAUACUUCAACAUCGUCCGAGAAUCGAUCGCAGACCAAGUCCCCAAAGCGGUCAUGCACUUACUCGUCAACCACUCCAAAGACGUUGUCCAGAACCGAUUAGUCAGCGAGCUAUACAAGGAAACCCUCUUUGAAGAGCUCCUAUACGAAGACGACGCUGUGAAGAAAGAGCGCGAGAAGUGCGAAAAACUUCUCAAGACGUACAGAGAAGCGGCUACAAUCGUUGGCGAGGUCGGCAUAUAA